GGAGGAAAGCCCGGAUUCGUCAGCAUAGAACUGCUUGUUCAAGGAAUGAAAAUAAAACGGAAAUAUAUAGCGAGCACUUUUUAUGCAAAUUGUUAGGGCACUGGAUCCGCAACAAAUUUGAGCGAGACGGCUAUAUAGAUAUAGGCGUUCAAACCACGAAAACCGCGUCUGUGGCCAUAUAGUCAAAACUGCGCACCACCGUGAUAAAGCUUAAAGAGUACCCGUUGAUCGACGUUAUGUCAUAUUAAACGGGGAGAAGGUAUUUGACGUUUUACCGGACUUGGGAAGUGAUUUAUGCGAAGAUAUUAACGUUUUCUUUACCGGGCUCAACGACCCUCUACCUGCCGGUCUCAACACAUUUAAUGAGAAUUUACUGGGUUGCAUGGAGGGUACGUUUAUUGUCCUACAUUCGUGUCACGAGACCGCCUUGGUUCACUGCAAUGCAUCAAAUUUUCUUUAAUAAGAGCAUCCUAGCAAAUAACAUAACGUGGCUUGUUAUACAAAAAUAGCCUAAAUUCAACUGAAAGGACUGAACAUCUUACUUCAGACAAUCCCUCGGUAGAGUCGCUUAAAGUUAUCUUGAUACGUACCAAAACAGUUCAGCGAACUUACGUAGAAUAAUUGAAAAAGAAAACGGUACGCCAUACACACUUCAUAUCUGCAUACCUGCUCCUCAUAGCACAACGUAUUUCCUUUGUCUUUCUUGAAGGUUUGCCGAAUAUUGGUGCCAAAUUUCGCCGGAGAAAGUCGUCACCUCGCUGUGGAAAUGACAGGGCAGGUUAAGCCUGCUGCAGAGGCAAACCGCCCUACACCAGAGACGACGGCGUUGCCGGAUACCCCUCAAAGGGUGCAGGGACGAAUCGGCGGAGGCAAUGCGCUACCCUGGCUUCGAGCACUGGAGUUGGCUACCUCACAGACGGCAAAGUUAGGUAGCCGCGAAUCCGUCGAUGCCGCCGAUUUUCUACCCCGCGUGACUCUCCAGCGUAAACAGCAGCAAGAACAGCGAGUCCGAAGACCACGUGACUCUCCCGAACAAUUGGAAGCUGCAACCACGGCCGGAGAAGGCUUAAGUCCCGCGCACAGUCGCCGUUCUUCUGCGACACCGCCAUCUUCGCUUUUACUCGCGCACCAGGCCUGCAUGGAGACAGACGACGUCGGCUCGCCCAAGGAUGUGGAGAAAGGGGGCAGGGUCUCGUCGCCUUCUGCCACCGCUUCCCGCUCUCCUUCGCGGGCGAGUCGGCAAAGCGUCAGUAAGCAGGCAAUGGCGUCCCAGGUCGGCGCGGUCGAACGCCCUCAAGAAGGGCUUGUGCGGGCCACGUCAGCGGGCUCGUGGUCACCUCGCUCCUCUUGGCUCGGCCGUCACUCGAUUCAGCACAGCGGCGUAUCGACGCCCUGUUCCCAGAGGAGCUCGCCGUCCCGAUCGCCAGCGCCGUCGUCUGGAUCAACUGCCGAGGGCCAGUCCGUCUGUCACCACCGGCAGUCGAGCGCGUUCGGCGACCCACGGACGUGGGAACCAUGGCGCGGAGGACCGCCCGUGUCCUACGCGUCGCGGAGCCCCAGGAGUGAUUCGGCCUUGACGACCUCGACGGCAACCCCGGGCUCACUACGCCGCCUCGCUGGACGUCGCGCCGGGCACAUGGCUUGCGUGGAGGCGUCGCGCAACGUGACGAGUACGCCACAGUCCAGCACGAUGCGGCGUUCUUCCUCCGACAAGACCUUCAAGAAGUUUCUCAAGAACCACCCAACGGCGGCCAUCUUGUGCGGGCUGCUUCUGACGGCAGUGGUGGCAUCCUUCGUCGUCUUGUUGGGCCACAUUGGUCUCGACUCCAGCCGACUGCGCAGCGUGGCCGCCUCGUGUCGCACCGAGACGUGCAACAACUACGCGCGCCGCCUCGUGGACUCGGUGAACACUUCGCUGAAACCGUGCGAGAGCUUCACGCGCUUCGUGUGCGACGGCUGGCGGCGUCGCAACCGGCUCUCGGUGCGCGAGGAGGCGUUCCUGUUCCAGCUGCGCCGCAUGUCCUACCUGCUCCGCUCACUGCCUGUCCCAGACAAGGCGCAGAACGCACUCGAGAGGGCGGCAGCUUUCUACCGCAGCUGCGACGCUGUGCGCAUGGGUGAUGCCGACGAACUGCCCAAGGUGAAGGCGGCGCUACUUCAGGCGGGCAUCGUGUGGCCCCGAGUUCUCAGAGACUCGGAGACUGUGGACCUCCUCCGCACGUGGCUGCACACGUCACUCAAGCUUCACUGGAGUGCCCUGUUGGACGUGUCCAUCGUGCGCGCAGCGAACACCACCAGGGUCCUGCUAGAACCACGCGGAGGGUUCCGUCGCAUCUGGGAGAAGCACGACAAAUUGGGUUCAAAUGUCGAAGAAGCGGAGGACUACUUCGAGACGCUCAGGGAAGAUUUUGGAAGCUUUGCCGAGUUAUCGACGGAAGCCACCGAAGGCACCGUCAAUUUCAGCGUCUCCAGAGACCUGUAUGGACCACUACUGCUCAGGCUCCAUGAUUCCAUGACAUUAUCCCAACACAGUUCCAUACUCGACUCGGCCGUGUUGUUCGAGACGGUACCGGAGCUAACCAAGGCACGGUGGCUCGCGGAGCUGGACCGGUACGGAGACGUUUCGGACCACGUGAUAUUCGAGUCGACCCAGCCUGACUACGUGAGCACGUUCCUCGAGCUGUGGAAAGUGCACGGCGAGAGGGAUAUGCAUUCGUUCCUCUCUUGGUGCACCGUGCAAACCGCGGCGUUGUGCGCCAACCGACGGCUGCUCGCCAACUUCUACGUUCGUGAGGACAGCAUGGACAUCUACCAUGGCGCCCUUUGCUUGAGCAAGGCGUAUUUGCUGUGUGGCAGCGAGCUAUUUCGGGAGUACUUCGACGAGCUGUUCUCGGACCGAGCCAUGACUGCCGCGCGAAACGUGGUGGCCGGCACAAGACAGGCGUUCGCGCGCCGCCUCGAUCACUGGCCCCACCAUUACCCCAACGUCACCGUGGUCCGGGACUGGCCCUCCCCCACCUUUCCCAUCGAGUACUUCAAUCCGCACUACGAACAACCAUAUCCUGAGCAGCCGGCGCCAACCGUUUCGAGCCUGGGAGACAUGGGCAGCUCUCUGGUGGACAACUGGCAGCUGGUCAAAACGAACCACCUGGACGUGCGCCACCUGCUGGCCGCCGAGAUGAUCGAGUACGCCGAGUGGUUCGUGCUGCUUCCAGACUACGAUCUCGCGGUGCUACCCUACGCUCUCACGUUCCCUUCGUUCGACGAGAGCGGCACGCGAUCCAUGAACCAAGCAGGCCUCGGGAACCACGUCGCCGACGCCCUGAGCCAGCUGUUCUUCUACAGAUACCGUGACGCCACGAACGGCCUCUCCUUUCUUCGGUCCUUCGAGUGCGCCAGAAACGCCAGCCGACCCCGCGACGGCCCCAGAAUCUACAGGACCGUGCACCUUCUUCGCACGCUGGCCACAGAGGUGUCGCUCGAGGCGUACCGCGUCGGUUACUCGACAGAGGGCGACGCGCGCCUCGAAGCCUUCGAGAACUACGGAAGCGUGGCGCUGUUCUUCAUCGCCUCCUGCUACGCCCUCUGCCGGGGAAGCGACAGCCUGCCGCCCUUCAGCGGCGACGAGUGCGACGAGCCGUUUCGCAACGUGCAAGGCUUCGCGGAGGCGUUCGGUUGCGACACCGGUAGUCCGAUGAACCCCGCGGUAAAGUGCGCGCUUAUGUGAACAGCCGCUACCAGAGAGACGCUCCGUUUCGUUAGUUUUUUUACGACGAAGGUGCAAGCUGAUUUCAUUGUUAUUUCCACAUGUUCCCUAUUGACAUACUGUGAUCGCUCGUCUUUAUUCUUUUUAAUAUUGCUACGAAGGCAUUCACAAAGUUCCAGGUACUCUUCGUGCACGCUCGGUUACUACGACGAAGCAAAUCGUGCAUAGCAAUUGACUUUGCGAAUAUUUUAUCAGAGCAUUCCUGCUUGUUUUCUUUAAUUAUUAUGUCGUGUGUGGCGGUAAGCGUAUCGGUGUCAUCACUGCAUAUAUACGCUUUCAAGAAAGCGUCAAACAAAUGUCGAUGAAAUGGUCAAUGCGCAGUUCCCGUUUUCUAUAUGUACUUGUACAUUUCAUGGAUAUAAAUCAUGCCUGACUCAGCGGAAUGUUACUCAGGCUUCUGCUCGGGCUUCCUAGGUGAAGUCCGAGCACGAAUGUUUAUAGCACUAAAAGGUAUGCAAAAUGACUGGCAGCAUCAGGAUACAUGGUCAGUACGGCUAGCUGAGGAACCAUUACAUCAAUUAGCGAGUAAAAUGUUAACAAGCAAUUACAGCAUCAAUGUGGCAUCAAUAACAACGAAGCUAGCAAAUCUUGACAGACAUCCUCCAGCUUAUUGUUCGUCGGCCGCAAACAAUGUGUACUAUCUGCAGAUAAAUAUUUUUUGUUCUACCUGUCAAGUGUUAAACCUGGGUUUUAAUAAAAUUCACAGGGUCUCUUACAUUAUGUCACAGGGUCUCUUAGUUGGCGUUGCAUGAGCUAGGUCGCGCACAUUAAGUUUGUUUUGCAGGGGAACUUAAGCAGGGCUUUAAACACCAAUAACGACAAACUCAACAACGAAGCUAACAAAU